ACGAUGGCCAUAGUCAAGGCUAAGGAACUUCGUGGCAAGAAGGAGGAAGAGCUUCUGAAACAGCUCGAAGAGCUAAAAAAUGAACUGCAGACCUCUCGUGUUGCCAAAGUAAUUGGUGGAGCUGCAGCUAAAUCAGCUAAGAUCUGCACUGUGCACAAAUCAGUUGCUCGUGUCCUCACUGUCAUCAAACAGACACAUAAGGAUAACCUACGUAAAUUCUACCAGAAGGAUAACCUAGGUAAAAUCUACCGAAUGAAGGCUCACAAACCCAAGGACCUGAAACAAAAGAAGACCAGGGCAAUGAGACGUGCACUCACAACUUAUGAACUCACCUGCAAGAGUAAAAAGGAAUUACGAAAACAGGGUCUUUAUCCAAUUAGUAGAUUCAAUGUGCGUGCUAGAAUAGAAAAAUUGUAUCAAGCACAAGCAGAGGAUCAGAUGGGAGGAGCUUGUCCUAUAUGGGAGGAGCUUGUCCUAUAUGGGAGGAGCUUGUCCUAUAUGGGAGGGGCUUGUCCUAUAUGGGAGGAGCUUGUCCUAUAUGGGAGGGGCUUGUCCUAUAUGGGAGGAGCUUGUCCUAUAUGGGAGGAGCUUGUCCUAUAUGGGAGGAGCUUGUCCUAUAAAUAG